AUGACUUUAUUAUACCAGCCUUUGUCAAGAACAUUUGGCCAGCGGGACGGAUGUCUCACCCCCAACAACCAUCAUGACGACACCUCCAAACGAACCGCGCACCCAUCACACCAAACAUCAUCAACUUCAUUUGUGCCUAAAUCCACCUUUUCCGACUCACACGAGAUCUUGUCUCCUCCUUUAUCGCCUUAUCAGAAGACAUGUUCGCAUGACGCGGAUGGUGUACACAGUCACGCACCAACCCUCAACGGUCUCGCAUCUAAGGCAUACAUGCAAACUGGUCUGCCUUUCAAGCUUGAAGACUUUAAGAGCUACCUGUUGACGGUGGUGCCAUGGACAAACUUGUCCACCAACUACAAGCAGCGCCAGUUGCGCUUCUUGGAUCAGUACUCGGCCAUUUCCUCCAAAGAGCAUCUGUAUCUGCACCUGCUCAGAUUGGCAGAACGUCGUGCAGCCCAAGCUGCCUCUGCUUCCACUUCCAGAAAGAGAACCAUCCGUAGUAGCAGCGACGAUUCUGACACUGAUGCCGUAGAGCGCAUUCGCACCCGGCGUGUGGUGAAGGAGAACCUGGCUCCAUUAUCGGAAAUAGAUAUUGAGCUGUCGGUGCCAGCACUGCCCUCUCCUAAGAAGCGUAAGGUGCGGAAGGAAUCUCCAUAUGCUGGGUCUCCAUUGGCGGUGCAGCAAGCAGCAUUGAUUGAUGAAUCGAUCCCAAAUUACUCACCAGAUCCAGCCACCACUCUUCCUAAGGGCAAUAACAGAUGUCUUAAGAUUGAGUGGAAGGGUCAGCCCAUGGACUUGAAGAACGACCCCAACUUGGAUAAAUUGCACCCAGCAGAGGUGUUGUUGGCGUCUACACUUCGGUUGCCAUGUAACGUAUACUUGGAUUCCAAGAGAAGAUUGUUUUAUGAGAAAGUGAAUAGGAUGCGCAGUGGGAUGCCCUUCAGAAGAACAGAUGCCCAGAAGGCAUGCAGAAUAGAUGUGAACAAGGCCAGUCGGCUCUUUGCAGCAUUUGAGAAGGUGGGAUGGUUGAAUGAUAGCCAUUUCACGGGACACAUCUAG